CAAAGCCACUCAAAAUGGCAAAAGACACGACAGCCUCAAAUAUUUUGCUUCUGCGCCACAUAAGUCACAAAUACAAAAGACAAAAAACAGCACAAUUCCCUCUCUCUCUCCCUCUCUGUCAAAUGAAAGGCUAAAAACUUGGAUACCCAUUGAGCAUUAAAGGCUAUGGCUUUUCUUCUAACCAACCUCAAACCUUCUCUGCUUCCCCAAACCAAAUCAAAACCCAUUUCCCAAACGCCUUCAUCAGCAAAACCCACUUCUCAAAGCCCUUCAUUGUACACCUCGUCUACUUCAUUUUCCAGCCUCCAAACUUCCACUGCACAGGUUGCUCAGGGGAACACACCAACAACUGGUGCCAAAGACGAGCAUCAGCAGCAAAAGGAUGAGUUUUAUCUCAAUCUUGGCCUUGCUGUGAGGACCCUACGUGAGGACAUGCCCUUGAUCUUCAUCAAAGACCUCAAUUAUGACAUUUACAGGGAUGAUAUAACAUUCAAAGACCCUUUGAACACAUUUAAUGGUAUUGAAAAGUACAAAUUGAUCUUCUGGGCAUUGAGGUUUCAUGGUAAAAUUCUGUUUCGUGAGAUUGCUCUGGAUGUAUAUAGAAUAAUGCAGCCUUCAGAGAAUGUGAUAUUGAUCAGGUGGAACUUGAGGGGCGUGCCUCGGGUUCCGUGGGAGGCUAAAGGGGAAUUUCAGGGCACUUCACGGUAUAAAUUGGACAGAAAUGGAAAAAUUUAUGAACACAAAGUUGACAAUUUAGCAUUUAAUUUUCCGCAGACCCUCAAACCGGUUUCAGUUUUGGAUUUGGUUACUGCCUGCCCUGCAAGUCCAAAUCUAACAUUUUCUUGGGGUCCUGUGGAUUCUAACUUCUCUUCAUGGAUAGAGUUUUAUCAGGCUGUUAAGGAUACAUUGGAUCAAGAAGAGGGGUUGCUGCCACAAGAUUGUCUGGCUACAUGUUCAUAAUGACCACUUAGUGAAUUAUCUCAUAGAUGGUGUAUACUACAGAUUGUAAUAGGUUAGAUAUGAUGAAAUUUGGCCAAUAGCAUAAAAUGGUUUUUUCUCAAAGGACAGUGGGCCUGUUUGGAAAGCUUCUCUAAAAGUACUUCUAGGAGAGAAAAAUAGGAAGGAAAAUUGAAAUAUGUUUCUCCUUAAGUUAAAAGUAACUUAUGCAUGAGUUAAAAAUAAGAUGUUUAAGAAAUUAAUAAAAGAGAACUUCUACAAAUUAUUUUAUGCAUAAGUUAUUUUUAUCUUAUGAAAAAGUUUAUUUUAUUUUUCCUUCCUAUUUCUCUCUCCUAUAAGUGCUUCUAAAAAAGUUUAUCCAAAUAGACCAAGAGUGUAUAUAGAUAGGCAGGGAUGCAAAAGAGUACAAAUUGCCCAUUCUGAUGUUGAAGGCAAUGAAGGUUUUUAUGUCUGGUGAGUUUACACAUAUGAGACACAGAUGAGAUAGAUCAAUAUGCUAUAAUCAGAACUUUAUAUUUUAAAAUAUUUUGAUUCUCUUACAGAAUGAAAUCUUGUCAUUUAUUUCUCA